AUGAAAGCCGAUCGGGGCCGGGAGGUCGGAGGCGAGGGGAGGUCGCGGCACUUUCCGGGAGCUCAAUACCAGACCCUCCGUAAUCGAUUUUUCCCCCCGCUCUCUGUCUCUCCGGCUGCAGACCCCGCCGUGAUUUCCCCCCAGGACCCCACGCUGCUGAUCGGCUCCUCGCUGGUCGCCACGUGCACGGUCAGCCCGGACUUUCCGCUGAAAGCCGAGGACCUGUACUGGACGCUGAACGGGCGGCGCCUCCCGGCCGCCUCCUACGCCGCCCUGGGCCCCUCCACGCUCAGCGUGGCCCUCGCCCGCCUCAACGGCUCCAGGCAGCAGUCGGGGGACAACCUGGUGUGUCACAGCAGAGACGGCGGCAUCUUGGCCGGCUCCUGCCUUUACGUCGGACUACCCCCAGAAAAACCAGUCAACAUCACUUGCUGGUCCAAAAACAUGAAGGACCUGACCUGCAAGUGGGCACCGGGGACAGAGGGGGAGACCUUCCUGCACACCAACUACACCCUCAAGUACAAGCGCAGGUGGUACGGCCAGGACAACACCUGCCAGGAAUACCACACGGCCGGGACCUACUCCUGCCACAUCCCCAAGGACCUGGCGCUCUUCACGCCCUACGAGAUCUGGGUGGAGGCGUCCAACCGCCUGGGGGUGGCCGUGUCUGACGUGGUCAUGCUGGACAUCCUCGACGUGGUCACCACAGACCCGCCGUCGGACGUGCACGUCAGCAGGGUGGGCGACCUGGAGGACCAGCUGAGCGUGCGCUGGAGCUCCCCGCCGGCCCUCAAGGAUUUCCUCUUCCAAGCCAAGUACCAGAUCCAAUACCGGGUGGAGGACAGCUCCGAGUGGAAGGUGGUGGAUGACGUGGGCAACCAGACCUCCUGCCGCCUGGCCGGCCUGCGCCCCGGCACCGUCUACUUCGUCCAGGUGCGCUGCAACCCCUUCAGCAUCUACGGCUCCAAGAAAGCCGGGAUCUGGAGCGACUGGAGCAACCCCACGGCCGCCUCCACCCCACGCAGCGAGCGAGCGGCGGGGGGCUGCGACCCCAAAGGCGGGGAGCAGAACACGACGCUGCGGCGGGAGCUGAAGCAGUUUUUCGGGUGGGUGAAGAAACACGCCUACGGCUGCUCCAACCUCGGCAUCAAACUCUACGACCAGUGGCGCGUGUGGCUGCAGAAGUCGCACAAAGCACGCAACCAGGUUCUUCCCGGCGAUAAGCUGUAGCCCGCGGGGGACCGAGCGCCGGCAGGAUGGGACGGGGCGCCCGGCG